AUGUCUAUUCCUACCAACGGAGAUCAAAUCUCAGUGCCCGCCUACACUGCCGAGGCCGAGCAGAACGCCGUGGAGAUCUCAUGGUCCCAGAUGUUCCGCACUCGCACCGCUCGUUACUAUGUCGUCAACGCCCAGAACCAAUCCAAGGGCAAUGCCAACGUUUUGAUGUACAUCCAGGACCGUUUCUACAAGGAUUCCAACAGUAAUGAGUACAUUGGAAAGCUUCCUGGUGCUCGACAGGAGGGCAACAACUGGAUCGUUAACAUCAACGAUCGCUUCCAGUACGGCCAGAAGAACAAGAAUGGCGAUGGGCGCUGGGUUGCUCUUCAUGACAAGGACAACAAGCCUUAUCAGCACCGGUUCAUGAUUGUCACUAUUCAAGGCAAGCUUUCAGAGGCUGCCAAGAAUUUGGCCAAAUCUUUUGGUGCUGGGGAUAUUGCUGAGCAGGUCUCGAAGCUUGGUGGCUCCUACAUUGGAGACUACCUUCACACCUUCUAA